AUCCAACGUUGAUGUGGUGGCUCACCUCAAUAAGCUGUACGAAGAGAUAGGAAAGUUAAAACUCGAUAGGAGAUCCAUAGGUCGUUCACAUAGCCGCACCAGCUCGACUCGUGGCAGAUCUUCGUCACGAGCUGGCAGCAGACGUCGUAGGCCUAAAAAUUCCCAGCCUGGAGUGUGCUGGUAUCACCGGCGUUAUGGUGAUAAGGCCCAAAAGUGCACUCGCCCGUGCACCUUUGAUGGCCAGCAAUCGGGAAACCUGUAAGCCAGCACGUAUUGGCGACUAACGUCGCUGGCGAACCACUUCCAUGUCGCCUCUUCUAUGUUACCGACCGUACCACUGGGACACGCUUCCUAGUUGACACUGGGGCGGAAGUUAGCGUGAUCCCACCAACAUCUGAAGAGCGCAAGCGGCCACUUUCCUUACAGCUUCGCGCCGCAAACGGUUCGCCAAUCACAACGUAUGGCAAAAAGUUCCUGGACCUUAACAUAGGCCUACGUAGGUCAUUUCGCUGGGUUUUCCUUGUAGCAGAUGUAACUACCGGUAUUAUUGGCAUGGAUCUCAUGCAACACUAUCAGCUACUGGUUGAUACUGGCAAACACAAACUGAUCGAUUCAGCUACAAGCCUUUCGAUCUCCGGUGUUGUGACACACACACCUGCAUUAAGCCCAGUAUACUCAACCCCUGCCUCUAACGGCCCUUACGCUGAAGUUCUUCAGUCCUUUGCCAAUCUGUUCAAACCGGUUUCUAAACUUCCUUGUGUGACGUCUACUGUCACUCAUCAUAUCGUGACCACUGGUCCACCGGUCUUCGCUAAGCCACGGCGAUUGUCCCCAGAAAAACUACAAGCCGUGAAGGCUGAAUCCGAACACAUGUUAGAGAUGGGGAUAAUCCGUCCUUCCAGCAGCCCGUGGUCUUCCCCUUUACACGUGGUACCAAAGACUAACGGGAUAGAUUGGAGGCCUUGUGGUGACUACCGCAGGCUUAACGCACAGACCGUACCUGAUCGUUACCCCGUACCACAUAUUCAUGACCUUACGUCGUCUCUCAAGGGUGCCACGGUAUUCAGUAAACUGGACUUAACCAGGGCCUAUCACCAGAUUCCAGUUCACCCAGAUGAUAUUCCUAAGACGGCAGUGAUCACCCCGUUUGGUCUUUUCGAAUUUCUUCGAAUGCCGUUUGGACUCCGCAACGCCGCACAAACAUUCCAGCGGUUUAUUCACGAUGUUUUGCGAGGAUUAGAUUGCGCACAUGCUUACCUCGACGAUAUUCUCGUGGCUAGCCCAGACGAAGCUAGCCACCGUACGCAUCUCCAGAUGGUUUUCG